CCAGAAUCCCAGAUCGCGUUUGGUUCUCAAAGUCACCUAGUGUUGCUUCCGGGGCCUUAGCAGCUCUUUGUUUUAUCCCCGUUUCUGGCAUUUUCUUCUGGAUUUCGCAUAAGAAACCCUAGAUUUUGGGAGCGAUAAUGUCGGGCAAGGGAGCCAAAGGCUUGAUUACGGGCAAAUCCACUCUUAAUAACAAAGACAAGGACAAGAAGAAGCCUGUCUCUCGCUCCUCUCGCGCUGGUCUCCAGUUUCCUGUGGGGCGGGUUCAUCGACUAUUGAAAACCAGGGUGUCUGCUAAUGGAAGGGUUGGGGCAACAGCUGCUGUUUAUACAGCAGCUAUCCUGGAGUAUCUUACUGCUGAGGUGUUAGAGCUGGCAGGGAAUGCAAGCAAGGAUCUGAAGGUGAAACGUAUAACACCAAGGCAUUUACAACUUGCUAUACGAGGGGAUGAAGAACUUGACACCCUCAUCAAAGGAACAAUCGCUGGAGGUGGAGUUAUCCCGCACAUUCACAAAUCUCUAAUCAACAAAUCCUCCAAAGAGUAACCUUAGCUUUAUUUUAUGUUUGUAUCCUAGUAAAAGCUGAUAAGAAUGUAUGAGAAACAGUGAUAAGCGAGGAGCCCAAUUGUGCUUUAGCAAUCUUUCUUUUUUUUUUUUUUUUUUUUUCAUUAUUGAAGUGAGACUUGAAUGUUGUUUGAAAAGCAUUUUAGUUUUUAUGUGUU